AUAGCUUGCUCCUCUGUUAACUGUGUCUUGUGUUUAACUAAUCAAAACUCAGCUUUCGUUUUCGUCAUUUGAAAAGAAAAAUGGUAACAGCCGUUAGAAAUUCUUUGUCACUCGUAGCAAGUAGAGCUGCUGUUGUUGUGAUCCUGUUGCUUUUGAUCAGCGACUGCCAAUGCCAAGCACAACUUUCUUCUACAUUUUAUGAAAAGAAAUGCCCAAAUGCACUUAGGACCAUUCGCACAGCCAUCAGAACCGCUAUUGCACGAGAGCGUAGAAUGGCUGCGUCUCUAAUUCGCCUUCAUUUCCAUGACUGCUUUGUUCAGGGAUGUGAUGCCUCAAUCUUACUAGAUGAUGCCCCCUCAAUCACAAGCGAAAAGAAUGCACUCCAAAACAAAGACUCUGCAAGAGGUUAUGAAGUCAUUGACAAGGCAAAAUCUGAUGUGGAAAACAUUUGUCCUGGAGUUGUAUCUUGCGCAGAUAUCCUCGCAGUUGCAGCCAGGGAUGCCUCAGAAUACGUGGGUGGCCCAUCUUGGACAGUGAAGCUUGGGAGAAGAGAUUCUACCUCUGCUAGCGUUAGUCUGGCAACCAGUCAACUUCCUCUUUUCACAGCCAGCCUUGAAAGCCUAAUCGAUCUCUUUAGGAGCAAGGGCCUUAGUGCAAGAGACAUGGUUGCUCUGUCAGGUUCCCAUACCAUUGGACAAGCUCAAUGUGUUACAUUUCGGAACCGGAUAUACAACAAUGCAAGUGACAUCGACGCCGGAUUUGCUAGCACACGCAGGCGCCGUUGUCCCGCCACUCUUGGCAAUGGCGAUGGAAAUUUGGCAGCACUUGAUCUGGUGACACCCAAUUCUUUUGACAACAACUACUUCAAGAACCUGAUGCAGAAGAAGGGUCUUCUGGAGUCAGAUCAAAUCCUUUUUAGUGGUGGAUCCACAGAUAACAUAGUCUCAGAAUAUAGCAGGAACCCUUCUACUUUCAAGUCUGACUUUGCAACUGCCAUGAUCAAAAUGGGAGAUAUCGAACCUCUAACAGGUUCAGCUGGGAUAAUAAGGAGGAUUUGCAGCCGUGUGAACUAGUUGAUGCAUCUCCUCACGUGUGGCGUGUACAUUUGUUAACUACAACAUUGAAAGUUGUCUCUUCCUCAAUUGUAGAUGCUGGUUUCAUUUCUCUCUUCAUUUAUUCCUUUCAGUCUUUCAAUCGUAAAGUACUUGUAUUGGCUUUUUUUUUUCCUGAUCCUCAUAUAGGCAAUUUGUUGAUUUGAAUAAAAAACCUCUUCGUUUUGGGACACUAAUAUCUGUUCCAU